AUGUCUUUUGAGGGCGGCGACGGCGCCGAGCCGGCCAUGCUGGCUUCGGGCACGGCGUGGAUGGCGUCGGGGCGCCCCGAGGAGCUGUGGGAGGCGGUGGUGGGGGCUGCUGAGCGUUUCCGGGCCCGGACAGGCACGGAGCUGGUGCUGCUGACCGCCGCGCCGCCCCCACCGCCCCGCCCGGGUCCCUGUGCCUAUGCAGCCCACGGCCGGGGGGCCCUGGCAGAGGCCGCCCGCCGCUGCCUCCACGACAUCGCCCUGGCCCACAGGGCCGCCGCUGCCGCCAGGCCCCCCCCUGGGCCACUAACACCAUCCACAGGGCUCUUUGUGAUGGACGAGGAUGCCACACUCCAGGACCUGCCCCCGUUCUGUGAGUCGGACCCUGAGAGCACAGAUGAUGGCAGCCUGAGUGAGGAGACCCCUGCUGGCCCCCCAGCCUACUCAGUGCCCCCGGCCUCAGCCCUGCCCACACAGCAGUAUGCCAAGUCCUUGCCCGUGUCCGUGCCCGUCUGGGCCUUCAAGGAGAAGAGGACAGAAGCACGAUCGUCGGAUGAGGAGAAUGGGCCGCCCUCCUCGCCGGACCUGGACCGCAUCGCGGCGAGCAUGCGCGCGCUGGUGCUGCGGGAGGCCGAGGACACCCAGGUCUUCGGGGACCUGCCGCGGCCGCGGCUCAACACCAGCGACUUCCAGAAGCUGAAGCGGAAAUACUGAGGCCCAAGCAAAGAGCUUCCCGGCCCAGCGUCCGCUCCGCUCCACACUACACCCCUGCCCCGCCCCCUGGGCCGGCCAAUCCGAGUCAGACCUGGGACCGACCUUACAGGUCGCCCGGGCCCCGGGAUUGCCCCCUCCCUGCCAAUCCCCGCCAUCCUUCCAGCCCGCGAUCCCCUCACGCGCCGAGGAGCGGGA